AGCAACACACUUUUGGAGGGAAGGAAAUCCUGUUUCAUUGUUUAGCCAGAUCAGUGUUCCAACUCUCAACAUGAAGAUACCAGUUAUUGAUUUUGGAGCAUACAAGUUAGGGGAAAACGAGGUUUCAGGCGAGCAGUUAGAGAUCCUGAGCAGGCAGUUGAAAACGGCCUUUACUGAAGUGGGAUUUGUUUAUCUGAAGAAUACUGGGAUAGUACAACAAGACGUGGAUGAGGUUAUGAACAUAUCCAAGAAAUUCUUUCUGCAACCAGACGAAAUGAAACUGCCUUUCAGCAGGAAAAGCUUCUCUAUUAAUCCUAACCAUGGCUGGGUGUCUUUGGAGACAGAGAGUUUAAAUCCCAAGAGACCAGGAGACCUAAAGGAAGCCUUCAACACUGCAUCCCUUCAUCCAGACAUAAAAUGGCCAUCGUGGGAAGGAGGGAAUGGAUUCUUUGAGGUCCAGUCGUCGUUCUUCCUGCGCUGUAAGGACCUGUGUCUCCGGGUGCUUCGUGUGAUGGCCUACAGUCUGGGCCUGGAGGCUGAGGUCUUCCUAAGUGCACACAGACACAUAGGGACUGAUAAGAACAGCAGUACCCUGAGGUCUCUGUAUUACCCCUCGGUGAGGAGUGACAGGGUGAAGGAGGGCCAGCUGCGCUGUGGAGAACACUCAGACUAUGGCAGCAUCACCCUGGUCUUCCAGAGUCAAGAGGGUGGCCUGCAGGUGCGUACCAGGUCAGGGGAGUUCAUCUCCGCUCCCAGCAUCCCUGGGACAGUACUGAUCAACAUAGCUGACCUGAUGCAGAGGUGGACCAGUGAUGUUUUCCUCUCAGCGGUCCAUAGGGUUUUGCUGCCCCCCGCUGGAGACUUGAGCACACGGCAGUCCCUGGCUUUCUUUGUGCAGCCAGACGAUGAAGCCCUCAUCACCUGUUUUGAUGGGUCCGACAAAUAUCCCCCUGUGAAGUCAGGGGCCUAUCUCAUGGAACGCUUCAAUGACUCUUAUGGGAGGAAAUGACCUUUAUCUAUCCAGCAUUAAUUAUUUUGUGUUAUGCAAUUAUGUCAGUGAAACAGUGUCAGUAAAAAGAGAAUUUCCUUUUAAAUCCAUGAAGUGAAGUGGGAGAGAGAGAAUCAGAUAAAGUUGUGGAGAUAAAGGAAUAUGUGAGCAAAAACCCUCCAAGUACAGAUACUGUAUGUAGAACCAUAGUAAAGACCAGUAUGGACUAUCAAUACAGAUACUGUAUGUAGAACCAUAGUAAAGACCAGUAUGGACUAUCAAUACAGGUACUGAAUGUAGAACCAUAGUAAAGUCCAGUAUGGACUAUCAUUACAAAGCGACCAUUUAGAAUGGGGCCCAGUUCAUUGAGAGGAUGUCUUAACACAACUGGGGGAUGACAGACAUGAGGUGGGUGGGUGGAGAUAAUAUUAUUUUUAUAAUGAUGAAUUGUUGAUAUUGAUGAGGCAACCAUUAACAUUACAGUGUGAUAUUCUAAUUAGGUAACUACUAACAUUUAGGGGCUCCCGGGUGGCGCAGCGGUCUAAGGCACUGCAUCUCAGUGCUAGAGGUAUCACUAUUGACACUAUUGUUCGAUUCCAGGCUGUAUCACAACCGGCCGUGAUUGGGAGUCUCAUAGGACCACAAUUGGCCAAGCAUCAUGGUUUGGCCGGGGUAGGCCGUCAUUGUAAAUAAGAAUUUGUUCUUAACUGACUUGCCUAGUUAAAUAAAGUUAACACUUUUUUUACUAUUUUAUAUGACUAGUAUCUAUGUGGACUCUACUACAGUUCAACCAGCUCAGCUAUAAACUACACCAGCAUGACUACUAUCUAUGUGGACCCUACUACAGUUUAACCAGCUCAGCAGUCCAGAGAAAUAAAACCCAGGAUAGAGGGGCUGAGUGAAUGUGGUCUGGACUCUGUGGAGGAAGGUCAUUGUGUCAGAGACACUGUAGAAUCCCGUCUCUCACAGUUGAAGUGUACCUAUGAUAAAAAUUACAGACCUCUACAUGCUUUGUAAGUAGGAAAACCUGCAAAAUCAGCAGUGUAUCAAAUACUUGUUCUCCCCACUGUAAAUAUGAACUUUAUCGAACAAAACAUACAUGUAUUGUGUAACAAGUCCUAUGAGUGCCAUCUGAUGAAGAUCAUCAAAUGUUAGUGAUUCAUUUUCUCUAUUUCUGCUUUUUGUGACUCCUCUCUUUGGCUGGAAAAUGGCUGUGUUUUUCUGUGACUAGGUGCUGACCUAACAAUCUUAUGGUGUGCUUUCGUCGUAAAGCCUUUUUGAAAUCGAACACUGUGGUGGGAUUAACAACAAGUUUAUCUUUAAAAUGGUGUAAUACUAUGUUUGAGGAAUUUUAAUUAUGAGAUUUCUGUUUGAAUUUGGCGCCCUGCACUUUCACUGGCUGUGUCACGCCCUGGCCAUAGAGAGGCUUUUAUUCUCUAUUUUGGUUAGAUCAGGGUGUGACUAGGGUGGGUAUUCUAGUUUCUUUAUUUCUAUUUCUUUGUGUAUGGCCAGGUGUGGUUCUCAAUCAGAGGCAGCUGUCUAUUGUUGUCUCUGAUUGGGAAUCAUACUUAGACAGCCUUUUUUUCCUUUCACAUUUGUGGGUAGUUGACUUUGUUAGUGGCACUAUAGCCCUAGUUAAACUUCACGGUCGUUUCCUUGUUUUGUUGGCAACAGUAAUUUCAAAUAAAAAUACAUGUACACUCAU